AUGGCAUUUAGAAUGCGUGAACCGCAUUGGGAGAUGCUGGUUACUUUCUUUGAGGCCAACCCUUCACUGGUGACGGGCCGAUUUAGUGGGGCCAACGGCAAAGAGAAACAAAAACAACUUUGGGCAGAAAUCGCUGCUCAACUCAAUUCACUGGGCCUUGGUCAGCGAAGCGUGGAUAAGUGGCAGAAAGGAGGCAAUAUACGAGAGGACCAGAAAAAAACCGGUGGGGGGCCUCCUUUGGAAACACCUUUCAGCAAAUUCGAAUUAAGAAUUCUGGAAAUCCUAGGGCCUUUAUUUAUUGAAGGUGUGAAUUACUUAGAAAUAGGAUUGACUAAAUCUACAUUGGUAAAUAGGCCAAAAAUUUCAUUCCGAAACAGCAUAAUAAGUCAGGACGGUUUACUGACGCAGACUAUUUUGUCUGCAUCAAAUUCGCAAGCUGUCCAAGAAAAAAAAUCAGACACGCCAACACCAAACAAGACAACCACGGUCUUGGAUCCAUCUCCAAAAUUAGUGGAUCACUCAUACACUCUAAGCUCGGCCCCAAAAAAACUCAAGGCAGAUUCAGGCACUAUAGAGAAAUCUUACCAAGAAACAGUGGUUCUGUUGAGGGAAAUAAAAGAAACACUUAAGGAAGUACCUGCUGAAAUAAGGGACUUGAAACUUGAAUUAAGAGAACUCAGAAAUGCAAUCACAUUAAGUAAAAGCCCUUCCACCACCAUGGAAACACCUAUCAUAAAGGCGAUUGAAAACACAGAACAAAUUGUUUCGCUAAACAUUGUUCCCUCAACCCAGAACACCAAUCCUGUUCAGACAUCAUCCAGCACUAUUGUAAAAGAUGACAUCACCAUACUACAGGAAAUUGAUUUCAAACCCCAGAAACCACCAGUACCUGAAAUAGAUGGAAAGAAUUUUAUUCUAACUCGAUACAUUAGACUACCUCUUUUAAAAAGAAAGAUGCCAGUACCCAGCGUAUACGUUCCUUCGAAAUCUACAGUCGGGGGCAAGACUUUGGAGCCAGUAGCCAAAACGUCAAAGAAAAAUCCACCAAAGAUUCCAAAGGGAAAGAUGGAAGAGAAAAAAUCGGAAAGUUGGUACUGCAAAGGAUGCCAAGAAGACCGAGUCGCGGAUAUGCGCUUGUGUGUUAUAUGCAAAUGUUAUUUGCACGAUGAAUGCCUGGGGUUGACCAAAGAAGACAAGAUAGAAGGAUACAUUUGCCCUUACUGUUCUUAA